CAAUUUUUACAACUCAAUAAUCAACGAUCAAUGUGUAAAGUAAAAUGAACCCUAAGAGGCGAGUGGGUUAAUUGUAUAUUAAAAAUACAUUAUGGGCUAAAAUGAGUUUUUAAAUGAGAGUAGGAAAAGCACCGUGCCAUCCAGUUACUAACCGGUCCUGCGCAAAAUCGGAACACCGGUCGAUUAAAACCGGCGUUCUGUGAAAUAACAGCUGCUGAUUGUCAUUAGUUAUCGUUCCGUGCCAGAACUAGUCAAAGGGAAAGCGGAACAAGAGAAAGGAAGUGAAUUUUUCGGUAAUUUAGUAGUAUAUAUUCGCAAAAAACAUUCUGAUGGAAAAGAAAACAUUUAAAAGUAUUCCGGGGACUGCGUAUAGUUCCCAAAAUGGACAUUUACUCGUUUCUUCGGGUAUACCAUCUCUGGAUACGUUACUAGGAGGUGGAAUACCGGUGGGGACCGUGGUAUUAAUCGAGGAAGACUUUCACGGUUCCUACUCAAAAAUAGUCCUGAAAUAUUUUCUUGCCGAAGGUAUUGUUUCCAAACAUUCUACGUUAAUAGCUAGUCAAGAUGUUAAUCCUUCCAAUAUUAUCAAAGAAUUACCUGCUGUGAUUGAUAGUGAUUUAGAUUCGACGGAGAUUUCAAAAAUUUCCGGCAUUAGUGAUAAAAUGAAGAUAGCGUUCCGAUAUCAAAAUUUACCGACCGCUGAUAGUGCCAGAAAUCAAUAUAGGCACAUCGGUCACCUGUAUGACCUGUCAAAGAAUAUGUCAUUUAGCGACAUAGAAAAUUCCGAUAUAUGCUAUUGGAAUGGACAGAGGAUUGAAAAUGGUACAAGAUUAUACUCGAAUCCCGCUUACAAUGCUCUGCUCCGUUCCAUUAGAAACAAAAUCAGAGACGGCAAGUUCUAUCUGAAGGACUCGCCCAAUAAGAGGUCGAUCCUCAGGAUCGGCGUCCAUUCUUUGGGCUCUCCGAUGUGGCUGCCGCAUCGAAAGUCGCUGCAUUCCAUAGACAGUACCCGUGAUCUCGAUAAGUUUAUCUUCUGUUUGAGGGCGCUAGUGCGGUCGGCUAACGCCGUUGCCGUUGUUACCAUUCCCACUCAUCUGUAUCACGAGAUCUCAUUAGACAGAUGCAUUCAUUCGAGCGAUAUCGCCAUGAGAUUGCAAGCAUUCGGCGGUACGGAGCUCGAGAACAAUCAAAGCCUGGCAGAGUACCAAGGCUUCUUUUAUCUCACCAAAUUGGCUGCGAUCAAUUCGCUGGCCUCCAGGCAUCCGGGGUCCAUGGAGUACGCCUUCAAGCUCAGGAGGAAAAAGUUUUCGAUAGACGUUCUUCAUUUGCCUCCUGAUAUACACGACGAUUCAGAUCCAAAGAGGCAGAGCAUACCGCUGACGUGCGGCGGUGGUACGAAAUACUUAGACUUCUGAUUGGAAUAAAUACACACGUACCUUGAAUCGACGUUAUCAUGUAAUUUAUUUAUUGAAGAGUAUUAUAUUUUGAAAGAUUUGACAAAUACAAGUGUUUUUUUAUAUAUAA